GGAAAAAUUUGGCACAUCCAACUGUUGAUUUCAUCAAUGCAUUGGCAGAGUGAGUCAAUGGGGCUGUAGCUUUAAAAUGUCUUAAAAUAAUCCAGUACGAAUAAUUUAAACCAACAACUCAGGGUUUACACUGACUAAUUAAUCAACGGAAUAAAGAGAAACUAAUUGUGUGUUUGUGUGUGUGUGUAUAUAUAUGGUUUGUACACAGACCCGAUUUCAUGAAAUUUAGAUUUUAAGACAGUCGGCCUACAGAUGCUGUCUUGUGUUUUUGUUCACCUACAGUUUGACUGAGGGUGAAGGUGAAGGUUAAAUGUGUCCCAGUCAGCCUCUGCUGGUAGAUGCUGUAAUUACAGCCUUCUGGGAUCAAAGAUCAUGUUUCUCUGUGUGUAAAGAUCAAAAUAAAUAUGUUUGGAAGCAAAUAUGAUUCAUAUAAGCACACUUUUAGUUCUAAAGUUAAUUACUUCUGGUGGAAGAGAAUCAGUUGAUCUCCCAGCUGUAUGAUCUUCUCCCUUGAUGCUGCUGGUAUUCAAGAGUCAACAAGUCAAGUGUAUAAAAGGCAGUGUAAGAUGUAGCCUAUUUUACCUGGUAUUUUAGAACCUUAAGAUAUGAAUAUAGAUUGUGUUUUAGAUGAUGAGCAGAUCAGAGCUGUUGGAGUUACAAACAUACAAGCAUCUUCAGACAUAUUAAUCUGUGGUUACGCGUGUUUUAUAUGAAGGAGGUCAAAGGGAACAAUACUGAUACUUCACAAUGAAUCUUAUAGCAGUGAACCAAAGUGAUGUCUGUCAGAAAAAUUCAUGUCCAGAGAGAUCAGUUUCUUUAUCUGUGUAUGUGAUUCUGUAUGUGGCCGCAGCAGCUGUGUCUCUGCUGACCGUGUUUGGAAACCUGCUGGUCAUCAUCUCUGUGAGUCACUUCAAGCAGCUCCACACACCUGCUAACAUCCUCAUCCUCUCUUUGGCUGUGUCUGAUCUCCUGGUUGGAGUUUUUGUGAUGCCUCUUUAUCUGUCUUGGGUUAUUGAGUCAUGCUGGAUUCCUGGACCAGUGCUAUGUUCGAUAUUAAAAUUAGUGAGUUUUCAUGCAACAAGCGUGUCAGUUUACACUGUGGCUCUGAUAGCAGUUGAUCGGUUUUUGGCUUUAAGUUUUCCUUUUGUUUAUUCAGAGAAAAUCUCACCCACUGUGAUCUGCAUAGCAACUUUAUGUAACUGGUUGAUUUCACUCUUUUAUAACUUUACUCUUCUUUUCAUCAAUGGAAACUUCACUGAUGUCACGUGUCAGGGAGUGUGUAUUUCUAUGGUAGAUGAGGUUUCUUCCCUCAUUGAUCUUGUUAUUGUGUUUCUUAUGCCAUGUACACUCAUUAUAAUAUUAUACACUCAUGUUUUUGUCAUUGCUAAGAGACAUGCGACUGCUAUAAGAGCCCUUAAGGUUCACAACAGCACAGAAAACUCCAAAAAUAGAUUCAGUGACAAAUCAGAGAGAAAAGCUGCAAUACUGCUGGGGAUUCUGGUCAUUGUGUUUCUUUUAUGUUUACUGCCGUAUUAUAUUUGUUCUUUAGUGUGUUCAUAUGACAAUGCUGACAGUUUAUAUGUCAGAUUAAUUGCUGUAAUAUUUUUCUUUCUGAACUCCACCGUUAAUCCCAUAAUUUAUGCUUUAUUCUAUCCCUGGUUUCAGAAAAGCUUAAAGAUCAUUUUCACAUUAAAAGUGUUAAAUAAAGACUCAUCCCUGAUGAAUGUACUUUAA